AUGGAACCCCAGAAUCACACAGAAGUUUCAGAAUUCCUCCUCCUGGGAUUGACAGAGGAUCCAGAAGUGCAGCUCAUCCGCUUUGGGCUGUUCCUGUCCGUGUACCUGGACACUGUCUUGGGGAACCUGCUCAUCAUCCUGGCCGUCAACUCUGACCACCACCUCCACACCCCCAUGUACUUCUUCCUCUGUAACCUGUCCUUCACUGAUAUCUGUAUAAGCACAACCACCAUCCCCACGAUGCUGGUGAAGAUCCAAGCACAGGAUCAGCACAUCACUUUCACAGGCUGCAUCACCCAGGUCUGCUUUCUCUUUGUUUUUGCUGGAUUUGAAAAUUUUAUUCUUGCUGCAAUGGCCUAUGACCGCUAUGUGGCCAUCUGCCAUCCACUCGGGUACACGCUCAUCAUGACCCCACAGCUCUUUGUUCUGCUCUCUCUGCUCCUCACCAUCAUGGAUGCCCUGCUCCACAGUCUGAUGGUGCUGCGGCUGCCCUUCUGCAGGGACCUGAAAAUCCCCCACUUCUUCUGUGAUCUUGCUCAGGUCAUCAAGCUGGCCUGCUCUGAUACCCUCAUCAAUAACUUACUGAUACAUUUCGUAGGCAGCCUACUUGGGGGUUUUCCUGUACCUUUGAUCAUGUUCUUUUAUACUCAAAUUCUCUCUUCCAUUUUGAGAAUGCCCUCAGUGGAGGAUAAGCGGAAAGCCUUUUCCACCUGUGGGUCUCAUCUCUCAGUUGUCUCCUUAUUCUAUGGGACAGGUUUUGGGGUGUACAUUACUUCUGCCCUUACUGACUCUUCCAGGAAGGCUGCAGUGGCCUCAAUGAUGUACAUCGCGGUUCUCCAGAUGAUGAACCCCUUCAUCUACAGCCUGAGGAACAGGGACAUGAAGGGGGCCUUGAGGAAAAUAAUCAGUAGGAUACCUCUGUCUUUAAUGGUGUCACCUGCUUUGAAAUUGUUUUUCUUGAAUGCGUCAAAGUGA